UUUGCUGAUGAUAAAAAUUUGUGUUCAGGUGAAGGAGAACCAACAGGUGAAGCUGGUGUUCUCAGAGCAGCUCAGCAAACUACAGAACAAACAGAAUCAGGACAUGGAGCUGCUGGAAGAGAUCAGGUCUUUCAGUAAGCAAAGAGCAGCUAUAGAGAAAGAGUACGGUCAGGCUCUUCAGAGAUUAGCUGUUCAGUACCAAAAGAGAGACUGGCAACGAGGAAAUACCGACGCCAUCACCUCUGGGAGUGUGUUCGGUGUGUGGCGGUCUGUGGUCGACGUUACAGCUCAGUGCGCCGCCACACGACUCAAUGCUGCAGAGGAAUACCACAAACUGAUUGGACGAGCUUCCAGAAGUCUCCACGAUGCAAAGGACAUUCAGACUAAGAGGGGUCUUGAUCGACUGCAGAGGAUUCACAGUGAAGUGGUGGAUGCACUGCAGGAACUUCACCAGGUGAGGAAGAGAUACCAUCAGCUCAGUCACAUCACCAACGUGGCCAGAGAGAAAGCUGCUGGUGCUCAUACCAGAGCCCAGAAGACUGAACACAGGAUUUUCCACUUCAAAAUGGGAGUACAUAAGAUGGAGGCUAAGCUCAGUGCAAGGCUGAAAGCGUGUGAGGACCAGUUGACCGAAGUCCGUAAUGAGUAUCUGCUGAUGUUAGCAGCAGUCAACGCCCACCAGCAGCAUUACCACCGUUAUGACCUGCCACUUAUUAUGGAGCAGCUCAAUAGAGACAUUUACAGGGAUUUAAGACACUACUUCACCCUGCUGUGUGGGACGGAAAUGGACGCUUGUCUGGCCUCACACAAACAGUACAACAAGAUACGGGACAGCGUUGCUAAGAUGACCAGAGAGAGAAAUAUUGAGCAGUUUCUGCAAGAAUCAUCUUCCUUCAACAAAUCACCUGAUUUCACCUUCCAGCCUGCUCCCCGGGACAAGGUGUCUGCUUUGCAGGAUAUCUGUCUGAUAGAAGGAGAAAGCUGCCUCGUGAAGGAGGCCAAGAAGUGGGCUACCAAAGCUGCCAAGGACUACAAGAUUGUCACUCAUGGAGAGAGGGCUCUACAGAUGUUGGAGAGUCGAUUGAAGCUCCUGUCGGGCGAGACCGGGCUGAGUGUGGAGCAGAAGAUGGCAGAAGUUCAGGAGAGUAUCAGAAAAGCCAAGCUCAGCGGGGUGAAGGCUGAGGCUCGCCUGGCUCUGCUGUCCGAGAGCAUUUCAGGACCCGAACGCUGGUUUGAAAUCGCCAUGAGGCAGGCAGAGGAGGAGCUGGAAAGGGAGAGGCAUCUGAGCGAACAGAGGAAAUCUACUGAGGACUUCUCAGAAGAUGAGUUUGAGCUCACUGACUUCGAGGUCUACGAUGAUGAGAACGGAGACAUUUUUGCAGAUCUAGUUUCAGCCUCUGGAGUGUGUGUCUACCCUGCAGCCUGCAGAGUUAUCUUCAGCUAUCAGGCCAGCAAAUCAGAUGAGCUGUCAAUCACAGAAGGGGAGGAGCUUCAGUUGAUAGAAGAUGGAAACAUGGAGGACUGGCAGAAGGUGUGUAACUCCUGUGGUCAGGUGGGGUACGUUCCUGAGUGCCCUGUGCAGUUCCCGUGUUUGCAAGCAGAGGACCCCUCUCAGCCAGACGACUCAAUCAGUUCCACCCUCUCCUUGGCGAAGGAGAAGGUAGAGCACAGAGGUGUGGUCAGAGCUCUGUACUCCUACCAAGCUCAGAGUGCAGAGGAGCUUUCCUUCCAGGAGGGGGCGCUGAUACACCUGAUACGUUGUCAGCAGGGAGAGGUGGACGAUGGUUUUUGGGAGGGAGAGCUGAAUGGACGGAUCGGCGUUUUUCCUUCAUCCAUGGUAGAGUUCUUCUAUGAUGAUGAAGAGAAGGAGGAAAGGGAGGAGCCAACACCUCCCGCCUCAUCCCCCACUCCGAUCCCCUCACCCUCUAGAGGUAGUUCAACCAGUAGUGGUGGUGUGGAAGAGAAACAGCAGUCUGUUCUCCAGGAGGAGUCCAUGCUGGGAGAAGCCAGCCAGAACCCCCUGGAGCUCCCCCCCGGGCGAAUAAGACCAUGUCGUGCUCCUCCUCCUCCUCCAAAACAGAAACCCUCGGCUCAGCAGUGAUGCUCAGGAUGAAGGAUGGAGCCUCAGAGGAAUUCAGGGUUCAGUCUCACCAAACAACACUACUUUUAUGGCAUAACCACCAUGAUGAGGCAUGAAGAUCAUGAAAAUGCUCCAAACUCUGAACCAGAAUCAGAAUUUAUAAAACAUCUGACAAAAUCAUGAGGGGUUACCACAGCGGAGUCGGGACAUAUUAUUUCCACCAUCUCCAUCAUCAGAACAAUAUUUAGUUUUUACAAGUAUGUUUUCCAUGUGAGAUAAAACAGAAACCAACUUAAUCUUCUCAUGUUUUUCAUACAGUUAUCAUCAAAAGUCACUUAAUAUUUAUUUCAACCGGUUAUUGAUGUGAAGCUGUGACUGAUACAUGAUGAAUUUAAUAAUUAUAAUCAAGUCUGUAAUAUUAACAGAUAGAGAUAAGUUAUUAAUUGAUUACACAAAGAGCUAAGCUUAAUGUUUCAGAACAAUUCCACAUAAAGUCAGACUUUAACAACCUGACU